CGCGCUGAUACUCACAAUAAAUUUCAACAUGUCCGCAGCUGCGCUGAGUCUGUUCCUGCUGUAGGAUAGUGCUGCGCUCGCGGUUCAGUGAUAAGUCACAGCAGGCUGUUACACGCAGAAAAGGCCCGUAGAGCCCGUAGAGAACAAGCACGCUUGCUUGCAGCUACACAAAUUGCCCAAGGCGACAGGUUUCAGCCUUUGAUUGUGCUAACACUACGCGCGCAGUAUGGUAUUCGGCAUUGCGCAACGGCCGCCCGCAAUUCUUGGGCCUAUUGACCGCCAACAGAGAGUGCAACAAAUGAAAGCCAGCAUAAACCAAAGGCUCAUAGAAACCGGAGAACGAGAUCGGUUAAAGGAGUUGCUGAGGACAAGGCUCAUAGAAUGCGGGUGGAAGGACCAGUUGAAAGCAUACUGCAAAGAAAUCAUCAGAGAAAAGGGCGUAGAAAACGUAUCUGUCGAUGAACUUAUUGCAGCAGUCACACCUAGAGGAAGAGCUACUGUGCCAGACAUCAUCAAGCGUGAACUCCUUCACCAGAUCAAGAAUUUCCUGAUGGAUCAGCAAGGAGGCAGUUGACUUCAUGGCUCAAGACCGUCGACGUAAAGAUGUGCUUGAUUGCGAAACUUGUGGCUUAAGACAUGUCAGAAAGCGCUUGAUUGCACUUUUAUCACAAGACUAAUAGAUUGACGCAUGCGUGAUGCUGUAUGAUAAACUUACGAUUUUGUGAA